AUUUUGUCCAGAACACCUGAAGGUAACAUUAUCAACGGCGUCAGAGGUUCCCUCAUCAAACGGGUGUGGAUCAACUGCGCAUGUGCGUGAUCGAGCUCUGUAGAAAGCUAAGUCGGAUUUAUCCAGGGGGUCCAUAUCAAAAACCAAAAAUAAAAGAGUCAUGUCUGGUUUUCUGGACGGAAUCCGGUGCGGAGACUGCGAGUGCAAUGUGGACUGGGGAGAGAGGAGAAACACCAUCGCAUCUAUAGCUGCUGGAGUUCUGUUCUUCACUGGUUGGUGGAUCAUCAUCGAUGCAGCAGUGAAGUAUCCAGCGGAGGAGGAAUUUCAUCAUGCCUUUCACACCUGUGGAGUCAUCGCCACAGUGGCCUUUCUCAUGAUAAAUGCUGUUUCAAACGGCCAAGUGAGAGGAGACAGCUACAGUGAAGGCUGCAUGGGACAGACAGGCGCUAGAGUAUGGCUCUUCAUUGGCUUCAUGCUGGCCUUUGGCUCCCUCAUCGCCUCCAUGUGGAUUCUGUUUGGAGGGUUCGUUGUGGCUCAUAAGGCUGUCGUGUAUCCUGGUAUUGCCAUUUUCUUCCAAAAUGCAUUCAUUUUCUUUGGGGGGUUGGUCUUCAAGUUUGGACGCACAGAGGAUCUGUGGCAGUGAUGGACUCCUGUGUGUCUUUAUGUCCACUGUUUAUACACUCUGCUUUCUAUAUUGUGUGACACAAUAUGCUUUAGUGGUUAUUCACUUUGUAUAUCAACUUUUUUAGCUUUCCAAUUAACAUAUUUAAUUUAUAUCAUGUGCUGUAUAAUGGC